AUGUGGCGAGCCGUGGUGUGCACCGCGGUUCUGGCGCCUUUGGCGCAGGCGUCGCCGUUUGAGCCCUUCCCUGUUCGAGCCGAUGGGCCUUGGUUCGAGGGCUGGUUCACAAGGAUCACGGACCCCAAGGAGAACCGCAGCGUGGCCGUGAUCGUCGCCUCCUACCAGGCAAAGGGUUCGAUCAACUUCACCUCCAGCUGGGCAGCUGCCUUGGUUUCUCACGCGAAUGGCACCGUGCUCACAGAGCAGGUCUUCCCGGCACAGUCCUCGGUCCGAAUCACGGAUCGGGGCCAGCCGGUCACCCAGCAGCUGCCGCGCGACCAGCCGGCAAUCUUCGAGGUCGAGUCCGAGAUCGGAAGGUGGGCCUCCCAAACAGCCCACUAG